AUGGCUGCCGCCGCACCAGGAGAUCUGAUCCUCGAUGUCCGUGAGGAGUCAGAGUUUCUCCAAGGCCACCUCCUGGGGGCGUACAACGUCCCCUGGGCCGAGAUGGCCAGCCGCGGCUUCGAGCUCCCGGCCAGAUCACGGCCCUUCCUCGUGUGCUGUGGCGAGGACUCUUUCGAGGAGGUCAGAGAUUGGUUCGCCACGCGAGCAAAGGCCUGGCAGGCCACGGUGGUGCCGGCGACCAGGACCCUGCUGGACUCGGCACCCGAGGUCGGGCCCAGCCCUCCGGGUCGAUUCCUUUUCUCGCCAUCGCCACUCCUCCAGGAAGCCAUGAGCCGACUGGAAGAAAUCCAGAUCUCCUGCGCCCCGAAGGAGCCCAGGGCCCUGGACGUCGGCUGCGGCUCCGGCAGGGAAGCCCUGGCGCUCGCCACUGCGGGCUGGGAGGUGACGGCGCUGGACCGCGACCGCCGGGGUCUGGACCGACUUUGCCGAUUGGCAGAGCGCCAGGGCUGCCGAGACCGGUGCCGUGUGCUCCGCUGCACACUCGAGGCCGAGGGCGACCUCGUGGCCUCGCUGGGGCUCAAGGAGCCCUGUGAAACUUUCCAGUUGGUCAUGGUCAACCGCCAUCUGCACCGGCCAACCCUGCGGGAAAUGACAGAACUCCUGGGCCCGGGAGGACUCCUCCUCUUCCACACCUUCAUGGAAGGCUGCGUCCACCCCUCCGACCCUGCACACGUCCUCAAGCCGGGCGAGCUCCGCAGAAUCUUCGAGGGACUCCAGGUUGAGAGGGACGAGGAGCUUCCUGGCGAAGACGGUCGCCCCAUGUCCUUCUUCAUCGCUCGAAAGCCAGCAUAA